GAGUUAUCGUAUCAGGCUGUCACACGCAACGCCGUUUAACUGAAUUUUCCACCGGCACGCAUCGGCAUAAUGCAAACGAAAUUACUUACAUCAUACAAUUCCGAUCAACUUCGGAAGAAUCUCUGUCAAAAUUUUGUGUUUCGGAGAUGAGCUCCCAUUUACCAUGAGUCGGUCGACUGAGUUCGCCGGAAUAUUCCAUUUCGUCGCCGCUUGCAAUAGACGCCGAUCUUCAAUGGACUCGGACGAGGCUGUUGGAGAAAGCUUUCCAUAGAGGAACACGUCUCGAUUCCCUUACUCGUCCUCAGGUGAUGACGAGCUCAGCUGAGAGAGCUGUGAAUUCAAACUUUCCUGCAGGACAAUCAAGUGACCCAGUGGAUACACAGGCAGUAGGUUCAAAAACGGAGCAAUCAGCUAGUCACAGUAGGUCUCCAAAGGCUUCCUUGUUCUUGACAUUCUUCUCUUCCACCUUUCCCAUUUUUGAGACAAUCUCCAGUCCAUCUCCUGAUAAGAAGGAAGUUAAAUCUAGAAACUAUGGACUGACUACUGCUGUUAGGAAAGUUGUGACAGGAGGCAUGAUGAGGAAACUUCAGGAGCGUUUCUUAGGGACAAGCAAGGCUGACUUUUCAAGCUUGACUAGUGAAAUGUGGCUAUUGGGUGCUUUCUACAAGGUUUCUCCCGGAGAAUCAUCUUCCGAAAUGAAAACUAAUAGUGGACUAGCUGCAUUUUUAGAAGAUUUUUCAUCAAAAAUUUGGAUUACAUACCGUAAAGGUUUUGAUGCCAUCGGUGACUCAAAGUUCACUAGUGAUGUCAAUUGGGGCUGCAUGAUUAGAAGCAGUCAGAUGCUUGUUGCCCAGGCAUUGCUAUGCCAUCACUUGGGGAGAUCAUGGAGAAAGUCACAGCAGAAGCCAUAUGAUCGAGAAUAUGUUGGAAUAUUACAUCUUUUUGGCGAUUAUGAGGCAUGCCCAUAUUCCAUUCACAAUUUGCUUAAAGCGGGAACGGCUUACGGUUUGUCUGCUGGAUCAUGGGUGGGUCCAUAUGCCAUGUGCCGUACAUGGGAAACUCUCGUUCGUGCUAAUAGGGACCAUGGAGAUCACAACCAAGGAAGAACAACUUUGCCCAUGGUCUUGUACGUCAUUUCUGGUGAUGAAGACGGGGAGCGUGGAGGUGCUCCUGUUGUCUGCAUGGAUGUUGCUAUCAGACUCUCUUCUGAUAUUGGUCAGUCAAAUGGGGCACCGAUUCUAUUGUUAGUUCCUCUGGUCUUGGGAUUAGAAAAGAUGAACCCAAGGUAUAUUCCCUUGUUACGGGAAACAUUUACAUUUCCACAGAGCUUGGGCGUCAUGGGCGGAAAGCCUGGCGCUUCGACUUACAUUGUUGGUGUUCAAGAUGACAGAGCAUUCUACCUCGAUCCUCAUGAAGUCCAGCCGGUUGUUGAUAUCAAACCGGAUAAUGUGGAGGCUGAUACUUCUUCAUAUCACUGCAGUACCGUGCGCAGCAUGCCUCUUGACUCAAUCGACCCAUCUUUGGCAAUUGGCUUUUAUUGUAGGGACAAAGAUGACUUCAUGGAUUUCUGUUCUCGCGCAUCAGACCUUGCCGACCGAUCCAAUGGGGCUCCGCUCUUUACUGUAGCUAAGUCUUUUGAAACAAUAAAACCUAAGCACAAUAGGUUAGGUGAUGCUGCUGCUGGCAAUGCAAAUAGGGAGGAAAUAAAUUCUGGUUUCGAAAACUUAUGUGAGCAUGAUGGAGAUGAAGGGGGCAGCGGCGGCGACGAUGAUUGGCAAGUCCUUUAGAAGCCACAGAGGACAUAAUCAGGUAUUCAUUCUUUACGUUAUGUGUAGAUGUGAUCAUGUACAUGUAAAUAAAGUUGAAUUAUUUGCUUUUUAUUUCUUGCCA